UUUCUCCCAUGAAAUUCCUGAUGGUUGCUGCUGACCAGUAAGACAGAAGACAUUGAAAAGGUUUGUUGAGCUCACUGCUCCUUAUGGCCUUUCUCAAUAUGUGAUGGCUCCUGGCUAUGGAUUGGCAGAAAAUUGUGUGUUUGUUAGUUGUGCAUACGGGGAGGGGAAACCGGUAUUGGUGGACUGGCAAGGAAGGGUGAGUUGUGGGUAUGUUAGUACAAGUGAUCCAGAUGUGGAUGUAAGAAUCGUAGAUCCACAAACUGGUGAAGAGCAUAAAGAACCUGGACAGGAAGGUGAAAUAUGGAUCAGUAGUCCGAGUGCUGGAAUUGGAUACUGGGGGAGGAUGGAACUCAGUGAAACUACUUUCAGAAAUAAGCUCGAAAAUCAUCCAGGUAAGAGAUACACGAGAACAGGUGAUCUUGGACGGAUAAUUGAUGGAAGUUUGUUCAUUACAGGAAGGAUCAAAGAUCUUAUCGUAGUUGCAGGGAGAAAUAUUUACUCAGCUGAUGUGGAGAAGACCGUUGAGAGCUCAUCUGACCUUCUACGUCCUGGUUGUUGUGCUGUCAUUGGUGUUCCUGAGGAGAUUUUAUCAACAAAGGGAAUAUCAGUGCCAGAUGCUUCUGAUCAGGUUGGUUUGAUUGUCAUUGCCGAAGUUAGAGAUGGUAAACCAGCAAACAAAGAUGUUAUCGAGCAAAUCAAGGCCAAGGUUGCAGAAGAACAUGGUGUCAGUUUGGCUGCUGUCAAGUUGAUCAAACCAAGAACCAUCAGCAAAACAACAUCAGGAAAAAUCAAGAGAUUUGAGUGCCUCAAGCAGUUCACAGAUGAGACACUGAAUUUGGUACCGGAACCAAUAAUUGCAAAAAGAACACUUACUCGGUCCAACACUACAGGAACAUGCAGGGAGGGACACACACCUCGGCCUAAGCGAAAUACGACUAUUUCUUUGCCAAAUCCAAGAGUAAGUUACAUAGAAAUAGUGGAGUUUCUCAAGAAGCUCGUCUCAGAGCAAACUGGUAUUCAUGGCAGCAAGAUUUCUACAACGGCAAACCUCACAUCUUAUGGAAUUGAUUCUAUUGGUGUGGUAAGAGCAGCUCAGAAGCUUUCCGAUUUUCUGGGUGUACCAGUGGGGGCAGUCGAUAUUUUCACUGCAACUAGCAUUGAGGACUUGGCUAGCUUCUCAGAGAACCUUCUUAUCAAGUCUCAUCCUCAAGAUAUGAGAAACUCAGACUCCUAUGCAGAAGUUGAGGAUAUAUCUUCUCAAUUAGCAACUGAAGUUUCCUUACUUCACCAAAUGGGAAUCAUGGUACUCCAAUUUCUUGCCCUUAUGUAUAUCUCAUUCUUGCUGACGACUCCUGCAUAUCUAUCUAUUUCUGUAUAUAUGAAGUUGAUAUCUUCCAACCUUAGUCCAACGACGCUAACUCCUUGGACGCCUUACAUGAUUUCCCUAGCAUUUGCACCUCUUGCUUGGAUAUUAUGCAUAUUUGCUACAUGCAGCUGUAUUGCUCUUUUUGGAAAUUCAUUUCUUCAACCAAAUUACGCAUUGAUUCCCAAUACUUCCAUCUGGUCAUUGGAUUACAUCAAGUGGUGGGCGCUGUACAAGGCUCAAGAGGUUUCAUCAAAAGUAUUUGCUGUCCAUCUGAGAGGAACAAUUCUGCUGAACUACUGGUUUCAGAUGUUUGGAGCCAAGAUCGCGUCAUCAGUACUCCUUGAUACUAUAGACAUAACUGACCCUGCUCUGGUUUCUAUUGGAGAUGGAGCUGUACUUGCCGAGGGAGUAUUAGUACAAAGCCAUGAGGUGAAAAAUGGAAUCUUAAGUUUCCGUCCAAUAAGGAUUGGAAAAAGAUCUUCAGUGGGUCCCUAUGCAGUGAUCCAGAAAGGCACUGUUCUACGAGAUGGCACUGAGGUACCUGCCUUGCAAGUCACUGAGGAGGGAAAAUUGGUGCCGAAAUCCGACAAGGCUAACCACAUUCAGAAGGUUGCAGAACUAUCAAAAGAUAGAGAUGACACUAAUCAGGUUGUUUAUCAUCUGAUGGGGGUAUACACGGUUGGGUUCAUAAGCUCCCUCUCGGCAGCCAUCGUCUACUGUGUCUAUAUCAUGAUAUGCCAAACGACUCCCACAAUUGAACACUUCAUGUUUCUUUGCAUCUCUGGAGCUUUCCACUGGUUUCCUCUCACGCUCGUUGCAUAUGCUAAUAUCAUCAGUGGUACAUCUUUGAGUUCAUGGAGCUUUGCUGUUUCAGUUGCUGCAGCAUACUCAGCUCAUGGAUUGAUACUCAUCCUUCUUACAAGCUUGAUAAACUAUUCUCUGUCUAGAAAUGAGGAAACACCAAAAGCCCACCUCAAAACGUGGCUUCGUCACAGGAUCAUUGUUGCUUGUCAUCUUAGAUACGCUAAACUUCUUUCUGGGACGGAAGCUUUUUGCAUAUACUUAAGGCUUCUAGGUGGAAAAGUGGGGAAAUACUGUUCUAUCAGGGCCAUCAACCCUGUUUUGGAACCAACACUAGUAUCAAUAGGGGCAGGCGUCCAUCUCGGAGACUUCAGCCGGAUCAUCACUGGUUUUUAUUCGUCCAGAGGUUUUACUAGAGGAAAAGUUGAGGUGCAAGAAAAUUCAAUAGUUGGAAGCCAAAGCCUUGUCCUCCCUGGUGCAACUAUACAAAAUGAAGUGAUUCUUGGUGCACUUUCAUUUGCUCCUAUCAACUCAGUGCUUCAAAGAGGUGGUGUAUAUAUCGGGUCUCAAACUCCCAUAAUGAUAAAGAACACGAUGCAUGAGCUAGACGAGCGUAUAGAGGAAAUGGACCAUAAAUAUAAGAAGAUUGUCGGAAACCUUGCUGCAAAUUUGGCUGCCACGACUCUUAAGGUCAGAACCAGAUACUUCCAUCGAAUUGGAGUUAGUGCAAAAGGAGUACUAAGAAUAUAUGAGAACAUUAAAGGAUUCCCAGACCACAAAAUCUUCCAACCUGGGAAGACUUACCCUGUAAUAGUUAGGCACAGCAACAGCUUGAGUGCUGAUGAUGAUGCAAGGAUCGAUGCACGUGGAGCAGCUCUUAGAAUAUUUUCUGAAAAUUCAGAUUGUCAAGCCCCGCUAUUGGACUUGACUCUUAAGACAGGCAAGGCAUUCUAUGCUCGUACUAUUUCUGAUUUCGCAACAUGGCUCGUAUGUGGACUGCCCGCCAGAGAAGAGCAAGUAAAACGUGCACCACAUAUAAGAGAUGCUGUGUGGAUGUCCCUUAGGAAUGCUGAAACUUUUACAGAACUCCAUUAUUACUCAAACAUCUGCAGACUCUUCAGGUUCAAAGAUGGACAAGAAAUGUUUGUCAAAUUCAAGUUGCGGCCUUUUGAUGAGAGAAUUGAUGAAGAUUCAGGCAAGGUUGAGCCAAUAGGGAUCCUGCCUCCAGAAACCGGUGCAAUUCCUAGGGACAGCAAGGAUAAACGUCCAUUGCUUUUCCUUGCUGAUGAUUUUCAGAGACGUGUGAGUUCACCUAGCGGGGUUCGCUACAUUUUCCAGCUCCAGUUCCAGCCUGUGCCUCAGGAUGCAGCCACACAAGAUGCCAUCCUCGACUGCACGAAACCAUGGGAUGAGUCCAAGUUCCCAUAUGUGGACGUUGGAGAGGUGAUCAUUAAUCAGAACCUCACAAAAGAACAAUCAGAGGAGCUCGAAUUCAAUCCUUUCCUGAGGUGCCACGAGAUAGAUGUUAUACGGGCAACAUCAGCCUCCCAGAGCGCAUCAAUUGAUCAUGGCCGUUCCUUGGUCUACGAGAUUUGCCAGCACUUGAGAAACAAUGAGCCACUCCCAGAGGCCUGGAGAACAUUCAUCGAGCAAUCAGAUGUCAAGGUGGACCUCUCAGGCUGUCCUGUUGCAGCAAUGUUACAGAAAGGGAAUCCAAAUUCCAGCAACUCCAGCAAAGUAACACUUGCAAGAAAUUGGUACCAAACAUCAUGGUCUGUAUUCGCACAACCGUUGCUUCAGACAUUCUUGCCUUAUUUCCUCUUGGCAUAUGUGACUUCUGGCCCUCUAAGCUGGCUACUUUCUGCACACACCACCAUAAAACAUCCUCUGCAUUGGCUGCUACCCUUGUUUUGGGUUAUUUCCGGCAUAUGGGCAGCACUGGCUUGUGCUAUAGCAAAAUGGAUUCUUGUUGGAAAAAAGAAAGAUGGAGGAAGUGCACUUAUGUGGAGCAAAUCAAUCUUCAUGGACACAAUCUGGCAAGCAUUCAAGACAUUAGUGGGAGACUAUUUCAUGGAAAUGACAAGCGGAUCAACGUUGUUUGCUGUCUGGAUGAAGCUGAUGGGAUCAGAAAUUGAGAUGAGUGGAGGGGUUUACGUAGACAGCAUGGGAGCGGUCCUGAACCCCGAAAUGGUGGAGAUAGAAAGAGGUGGCUGUGUGGGGAGAGAAGCUCUGCUGUUCGGACACAUAUACGAAGGUGAAGAUGGGAAAGUGAAGUUUGGUAAGAUCAGAAUCGGAGAAGGUGGAUUUGUGGGGAGUAGAAGCAUAUCCAUGCCUGGGGUGGUGGUGGAGGACGGCGGCAGUCUUGGUGCUCUUUCACUUGCCAUGAAGGAAGAAAUUGUGAGGACUAAAUCACAUAACUGAAGAACUUUCUCUCCUUCUUACUUCUAUAUUAAGACAAGAUUAAUCUUCGUCCUGCUGCAGACCGCACUGAAUAAAUUUAUCAGCUUCAUAGUAGAAAUCAAAAUAAAAAUGUAGAUGAAACAUGAUCACGACAUGUUCAACUUCCAAAAUAUGCAAGAAUCAGAAAAGAAUGUCCGGCGUAUAUAGGUUCGAGACUUCGACUACUUGAGGCAUCAGUAAUUUAGUUCUCCAAUAAUUUUUCGGCAUUAAUUUCUGACCAAAUUAUGUGAUAUGAUUUUA